AUGCGCUGAAGGGGGCAGCCUGUUGAAGACAGACAGCUGUAACAGAGGAGAAAGCACCGGGAUGGUUCCUCCACGCAUCUACUUCUAGUCGGCAGAGCCGAUUGCCGAGGAGAAGCUGUACCCUGGCAGCAGUGCUGUCCUGCAUUUAACGCCGCCGUCUUGUGCUUUUAUAUAUAUAUUUAUUGACACAUACAUUUUUAUUUUUUUUUACCUUUUAAACCUUUUUUAAUGGAUGCAGUGGAUUUGGUGUUUAAGAGCGCCGUACCUUUGACUGUACCAAGAGCUCUCUGAAUACUUUUCUUUGUAAAGUUGUGACCGAAGGAGGAAACGCUUUGUCCUAAUAAGGAGCCUGGGGGCCCCCAUCAGGAUGGUGAGCAACCAAGCAUCCGGUGUACCACCAGCACCCAGGUCCUGUGCUGGAUGUGGGGGGAAGAUCGCUGACCGCUUUCUGCUCUUCUCUAUGGAGCGCUACUGGCACACACGCUGCCUCAAAUGUUCCUGCUGCCAGGCCCAGCUGGGGGACAUCGGCACCACCUGCUACAGCAAAGGGGGCAUGAUUCUGUGUCGCAGUGACUACAUCAAGCUCUUUGGGGCAUGCAGCGCAUGUGGCCAACCAAUCCCAGCAAACGAGAUGGUGAUGAGGGCACAGGGGAAUGUCUACCACAUUAAGUGUUUCAGCUGUGCCACCUGUAGAAACAGACUAAUUCCCGGGGAUCGCUUCCAUUACAUCAAUGGUACAAUCUUCUGCGAACAUGACAGGCCCGCCGCUGCUUUGCACAACAGCCACCUGGCUCCACUUCAGAGCAGCUCCGUGCUGACAGACCAGAAGGUAUGUUAAGUGGGAAGAGUCCUGAGUUUCCCAGCUUCACCUCCCCUCUGUAUUGUUCCUCGACUGCUAUUUUUGCUGUUGUUAUAGUUGUUGUAUUGAAGCCUUAUUACUGCCCUUCAAUUUCACUUUUCCCAGCGAGGCUCCAGUUUAUCCUAAGGAUACUCUUCCCUUGCUAUUUCAGAGGUUUUCUAUACCAGGAUACCCACUCUGUUCGCACUCAAUGUAAGCAGCAGCCUGUGCAAAGGCUUCAGACUGUAUGUGAACUGCAAUGGCAAAAAACUUCUCUUACAAGACUGAGCAAACUUGGAGGACAAUGGUGACUCAAAAAAACAAAAAAAGCAGUAUGAACUGAAGACACCACUGCUGAAGUGUAAAAGACUGAUUUGAACUGAAUUUUGUUUUGUUUUUCUCAUUUGUUUCUUUUAAAAACCUUUCUUACUAAUCAUGAGAUCCAGACACUGAUAAUAGCAUCUAAGAUGUCAAUACCUGAAAAUGAUUAGUUACAGAGAGCCAUUCAAUUAUCUAAUAAUGCAGGGCUGUGUUCAUGUUUAACAGCUCAUCAUCCACGCUUGAACUCGAUGGUUUGAUUGUUUUUUUUUUUUUUUCUUCUAAUGUACAGUUUCUUGAUCAGAUGCCUGAGUUAUGUAUUUAUGAGUGAUGGGGUAGAGUGUGUGGGUAUCAAAACUAAAUCCUAUUAAAACAACGUUUCUGUAAAAUGUCACAAAGCAACUCGAGGUCAUUGCAGCAUUAGUGACGCAUAGUGUUGCAUGGUACCUGGCAUGUUUUUUUUUCUCGCUGUCUUCUCUCUCUCUCCUUCUUUAGCCCUGUAUGGUGAAAACAUGCCUGAUUACCCCGAGGAAUGGAUUUAGGGGGCUUGGGCUCUGACCAUUUACAGAAACAAUUAAGCAUGAGCCCUGUAUCUGUGCUACUUUAGCUCCUUGGAGCCUAAACGUGGGGCAUAUGCUUUGUGGCUGACUGGCUGGCUCACUCUAAUAAAGCUUAAUCGGAAAGAGCACUAAUUAAAGGGGAGUGCCCCCCCUUAACAUCACGGGCAUUUAAAACAAUCUAAUGUAUUUACUUUUUAAUCUUGUUUCAAUUAGAGCUGCCAUACAGGCUGGCUUGUUUCCUAGCACAGUGCCUUUGGUCUGUGCCACACUGCAUGACUUCUGGAAACCACAUUUUUUUGAGCUGCAUCAAUUUAAUUUGACCUCUGGUGCCUUUUAAAAGUUGGGUUCAGAUGUUAAACCCUCAGCAUCCCAUUUAAGGUUGUUAGCUAAUUUUUUUAUGUGAUAGCAGCAGCAGUCAAGAACGCUGUGAGCAGGAAAACAAGUGAUAGCAUCUGCUCUACUUUCACACCUUGCCUGGGUGCCAUCAAGCUACCUCUAAUGCGCUUAGCUAUUUCAAACCGUCCCACUUGCUAUGGUCUAAGCUGAUGCUGCAUCAAUUAUUUAUUCCACGUCUGAUCAAGAAGCGUCAAGCAAAUUCAUUAACGUAUGCAAAUGAUCACAAUUACAAUUAUCUUUGUAUCGUGAUGGUUAAGGAAUAAAACCUCGACACACUCCUGAGUCUCAGCACACCACAAGUUACACUUUGCAUUCAAACUAAUCAAGCAUCAUCUGCCUUCUCCUAAUUAGUCAGACCGUUUUCACAUGCCAAUUAGCAGGUCUCAUGAAAAAGCACUUUGCCAUGAGGCGUUGUCUUUUAUCAGAGCUUCAGCAGGUGUGUGGCUCUCAAUGUAGCCUGUGUCAUAGGAAAGUGUUUAUUCAUGCUAAUUAAGCAUAUUAACACAUGCAUGAGUGUAAUUGCCGAAGCUCCUUCACCUCACACCGCUUGAAGACUCAGGAAGGUGCCGUAAUAUUUUUAUGUGCUUAUGAUAAGCCUUACCUUUUUUCCUAGUCAUCCCUGUGAUGCAGAACUGUGAUGUUUGCCUGUAAGUGGAAAGGUCCAAGCUAUGGUGUUUAGAAAAAAACUGCCCUGCCUGACUUUCACUUCUUCCUUUUUGUGAUUAAAAAGAGUUUUGUCACUAGAUGUCAAACAAAUAAAACAGCCUGUUUUGUUAAUGA